UCGACAUCCUGCAGCCUCAAACAUAUUAUUGUCCUAACUCCUAACACAGAAAGAGAGAGAGAGAGAGAGAGAGAGAAGCACUUUAUUGCCUUUUUUAUGAUGCACGCAUCCAUGGCAGAACAGAGAGGGGUACAGAGUACUGCUACGACACAAGAGUAGAACAAAGAUCGAACGCAACCGCACCAGCAAGAACGAGAAGGUUUAGGAAGCGAGAAGGAAAAAGAAAAAAGAAAAAAGAGUGAGAGAUGGAGCUGCUGCAAUGGAGUUGGAGAGAGGAGAUAUAGAUAUCAUGGAGCUCAAGAAAAAGAGGAAAAACAGAGUGAAGAAUAGUCUAAAGAGGUGUUUUGUUGAACUGGGUCCCUUCUUUCUUUGAGUAAAACAAGCGAGAUUUCAUGGCAUGCAAAGAGCGAUGGUGGGCUUAAAAUCUCAGAUAAUAAAAGAAGAAGAAAGUUCCGUUCUUUUUCCAAAUCUGAGCAAAACCCAUUUCAGCUAACCCAUUCCUUCACUUCACUUCACUUGCACAAAUCUUGCUCUUUUCCUUUUGAUUUCUUUACAGAUAAAAAAGAAGUUUCUGUAUACAUGAGUGGGAUGCCCUUUCAUUUUCAGGGGAAGGGGGGCUUAGAUAUUGAUAUAAUUUCUGGUUUUGCUUCGAUUUGCUCUCAACAAGAAGCUUGGAAACGAAAACAACAAGAAGUUAAUAGCUUUUCAAGCACAGAGCCUACUUCAGUUCUUCAUAUGAGAAGAAGUCCAAGUCCACCUACAUCGGCUUCGACUCUCUCCUCCUCUUUCAACGGCAGCGACGGUGGCGGGAACUCCACCGACAACACCACUGCCAACACCACGACGGCCACUGAAAAAGUUGUAAAUCCUGUCAGCAACGAAAGAAAAGAUGAAUGGGCUACAGAGUUACAGCCAAUCCCGACUGGACUAGAGAUUGUCUCUACAGGAGAAAGAUGUGGACUUGGCUUAGAAGAUUGGGAGAACAUGUUAUCGGAGCCAAACCAAGAACAGUCAUUUUUGAAGUGGAUCGCCGGCGAUGUGGAUGAAUCUUUUGGCUUAAGGCAGCUAUUGCAAGGUGGAAACAGCAACCCUCAAGAUUUUGAAGGCAAUGGCGCUGGUGGAUUGGGGAUUGUUGAUCAAGGCCCUGGUUUUGAAGCCAUGAGUAGUGGAAUUGCAGUUGGGGUUUCAAGUAUUGAUGCUAAUUUAGCUGCAUUUCCAAUUUCUGGGAUUUCUUCUGCAAACAAUAACAAUAAUGGGAAUGGAAAAGUUGGGGCUGCUUUAGUUUCUCCUCCUUCUUCUUCUACUGCGUUGCCUAAUUAUAGAGGUGUUGGAUUAGGAAGUAAUAAUUUUGGUUCUCCGGCUACUGCUGUUUCUCUUCCAACUGCUUUGCCUCCUGGUAUGCUUUAUCACCAUCAAAUUGAAGCCCAAGAAGAGAAACCGCAGAUUCUAAAUCCACAAGCUUUAAUGAACCAGCAACAAUUGCAUAAUCCGCACAAUCAAAAUCCAAACUUCUUCUUGCCGUUAUCAUUUCCACAGCAAGAAAAUCUCCUUCAGCCCCAAUCAAAACGGCAUAACUCAGGUGGCAUGGAGCCAAUGUCUCAAAUGUUACCCAAGCCUCCAUUCAAUGAUCCUGGGCAUGAGUUAUUGCUAAGGAAACAUCAGCAGCAACAACAAGAGCAUCUGGGGUUUCCACAAGGGAUGCAGUUUCUUCAUCCACCACUUCAGCAGAAGCCAUUGGUGGUAAAGAAGGAAGAAGUAGGAGCUCAACAACAACAGGCACAGCAACAACAUGCAUUGCUGGACCAGCUCUACAAGGCAGCUGAGCUGGUAGGGACUGGGAAUUUCUCACACGCGCAAGGGAUAUUGGCGCGGCUCAAUCAACAGCUCUCCCCAAUAGGAAAGCCACUCCAUAGGGCAGUUUUCUACUUCAAGGAGGCUCUGCAACUGCUCCUUCUAAUGAAUAACAACCCAGUCACUACCUUGCCACCUAGGAGCCCAACUCCUUUUGAUAUUAUCUUCAAAAUGGGCGCUUACAAAGUCUUUUCUGAAGUUUCUCCACUUAUCCAAUUUGUUAACUUCACUUGCAACCAGGCCCUUCUUGAAGCCCUCAGCGAUGCUGAUAGAAUCCAUAUAAUUGACUUUGAUAUUGGUUUUGGUGCUCAAUGGGCUUCUUUUAUGCAGGAACUUCCAAGGAAUAGAGGUCCCCCGUCAAUGAAAAUCACUGCUUUUGCCUCUCCAUCAACACACCAUCCAGUUGAGAUACUACUGAUGCGUGAUAACUUAACGCAAUUUGCUAAUGAGAUUGGUAUAAGUUUUGAACUUGAUGUGGUCAACUUUGAUUCCUUGGAACAAAAUUGUUAUUCUCUUCCUAUUUUUAGACCAAAUGAAAAUGAAGCCAUUGCAGUGAAUUUCCCAAUUUGGUCUUCGUCCAAUCAACCAUCUGUAUUACCCUCUCUGCUACGCUUUGUAAAGCAGCUUUCGCCGAAGAUUGUUGUGUCUUUGGAUCGAGGGUGUGAUAGAACUGACCUUCCAUUCCCACAACAUAUCCUCCAUGCUCUUCAAUCAUAUAUACACCUACUGGAAUCACUGGAUGCUGUUAAUGUAGCUUCUGAUGCUGUGAACAAGAUUGAGAAGUUUCUUCUCCAGCCAAAAAUCGAGAGUACAGUGUUGGGGCGUCUCCGAGCACCAGAAAUAAUGCCUAAUUGGAAGACAAUCUUCGCCUCUGCUGGGUUUUCACCUGUAACUUUCAGCAACUUCACUGAAACUCAAGCGGAAUGUGUGGUAAAGAGGACUCCAGUUAGGGGAUUUCAUGUGGAGAAGCGCCAAGCCUUGCUUGUGCUUUGCUGGCAGCGUCGAGAGCUCAUUUCAGCUUCCGCAUGGAGAUGCUGAGAAGUUGCUAUUUGGCUAGCAGAGGAGGUUGGUUUUCAAUCGACUCGCAGAUUAUCAGAGGUUUCAACUUAAUCUAAAGUGGUAUUUAUGUCAAUAAAAUUUUGAAUUAUUGUCGAGGAUGCCUCCUUUGAGACUUAAUAUGGAUUGCCUAAGCUUGUGAGUCUCCUCUGCUUGUUGUUUAUCUAGUUCAAGUAGAACAAGCCAUCUAACUUGAAAGUCUAGUAGGGAAUUAUUUGUUUUGAAAAUGAAUAUUGCUGGUAUGGUAUUUUGAUGUUAUUUCUGGUGACAAGGUUCCUUUUGUUCUGGUUAAGGAAAUCAUAAUUUGUUGUACACUUAACAACGAAUCGCAACUAACUUACCGGAGUUCUAAUCU